AUGCGUGCCUCUUCCGCUAUGCUUCCCAUCCUCCCCCUCCUCGUCGGCUACGUCGCCGCUCAGAAGGUCGUCGGCACCGCCAUGGGCUUCGCUGAGGGCGCGACAGGUGGCGGGGAUGCGGCGCCGGCGAUACCGGCUGACAUUGAGGAGUUGAAGCUCUGGCUCGGAGACGACGAACCGCGCGUGAUUGUGCUGGAUAAGGAGUACAACUUCAUAGGGUCUGAGGGUAAGGUGACUGAGAUGGGGUGCCGGCCGCCGAACAACAAGUGCCCGGGUAACGGUGGUCAAGACGCGAUCAACGGUGCUAACUGGUGUGCCGACAAACCUGAGAUCGAGGUCACGUAUGACAAGGCUGGUAUCAAAGGAAUCGACGUGGCUUCCCACAAGACAAUCCUCGGGAUUGGAAGCGAGGGUGUCCUCCGAGGAAAGGGUCUUCGCAUGGUAAAAGGUGUCGAGAAUGUGAUCAUCCAGAACAUCCACAUCACCGAACUCAACCCGCAGUACAUCUGGGGUGGAGACGCCAUCCAAACCUUCGGCGCCGCCAAAAUCUGGGUCGAUCACGUCAAGAUCUCCCUGAUCGGCCGCCAGAUGUUCGCCGCCUCGUCCGGCGGCUCGACCGGCGGCAGCGUCACCAUCUCCAACAGCGAGUUCGACGGCCUCACGUCCUGGUCCUCGCGGUGCAACAACAAACACUACUGGACCAUCCUGCUGAACGGCGAACAGGACUCCAUCACCCUGUUCGGCAACUACAUCCACGACACCGCCGGCCGCUCGCCCAAGGUCGCCGGAAAGGCGACCGUGCUGCACGCCGUCAACAACCUCUUCGAGGAAGUCGACGAGGGCUUCGACGUCACGGCACCAUCCGAGGUCCUCGCGGAGGGCAACACCCUCGACCGCGUCGAGGAACCCAUCCUGGAGGAUAAGAAGACCGGAAAGCUCUACACCCAGGAUGGAGCGGCCUGCGACCCCAUCUUCGGCCGCGACUGUCUCGCCAACACCGUCUCCGAUUCCGGGUCCUUUGAGAGCAAGGACCAAGUGUUCGACGCCUUUAAGGGCUGCCCGGCCGUCGAGCCGGACAACUCCAUCAACCCCCGCGUGACGGCCGGUGUUGGGAAGUUGGGCUGCGGCGGCGGUGGCUACUAG